AUGACUCAGCCAUAUCUCGCGCGCUUCUAUUCUAUUUUCUUAAAUUUAUUUCAUUUGCUUGCUCGUUCUUCGUCGUCGUCUUCUUCUUUUUCUUCUUCUUUUUCUUCUUCUUUUUCUUCUUCUUCCACAUAUCUCUUCUUCUGUUUUCUCGUUUAUUACUUUGUCCUUCAUCUCCCUUUAUAUUUUCUCUUUCAUCUCGAGCUUGAUUUUUUUUCCUUUUUCUUUCUUUUUCUUUCUUUAUCUCAUUCAAAAUUUUUCGUCUUACACAUGUGUCUUUUCUUCUCCUUACACAUAACUUUUUCUUCUUCUUCUUUUUCUUCUUCUUCUUUUUCUUACACAUAUCUCUUUUCUUCUUCUUCUUCUUCUUCUUCUUCUUCUUCUUCUUCUUCUUCUUCUAACACACACAUCUCUUCUUAUUCUUCUGUUUCUUCAUUUGUUACUUCUUCUUCCUCUUCCUCUCCCUUUAUAUCUUCCCUUUCAUCACGUAUCUUUUUUCUCUUUCCCCUCUCCAAUCCUUUUUCCAUCGUUUCGUCUUCUUUUUCUUAUUCUUGCGUUCUUCCUUUUCUUCUGCAUCAAUUUUUCUUUCCCCAUUUUCUUCUGUAUCUGCAACUUUCACCCUUUUUGCUUUGCUUUUUCAAUCCCCACCAAUUUAAUCAUUCAUUCUUCUUCUUGUAUGUUUUUUUUUUCUUUCUUUGCCAUCCUUAUUUGUUUUUGCAUCUGUUUCUGCGUCCUUUCUUUUACUCUUUCUUUCUUUCUUUUUCCAGUCUUCUCUUCUUUUAUCCAUCAAUCUGUUCUUCUUCUUGUUUUUCUCUUUUUUGUUCCAUCAUUUCCUUCUCUAUUUCUUUCUUUCAUUCUUUUUUUUUUAAUUUCAAAUGGAUUGAAUUAUGGGAAAAAGAAAGAAACGCCUACAGUAACUCGUUCUUUCUUUUUCCAUGCUUCAAUCAUUUCUCAUUCUUAUACUUCUUUGACUUCGCCAUUUUCUUCGGUAUCUUUUUCCUUCAUUCUUUUUCUCCUUUCCUUAUUUUCACCAUUUCUAUUCACAUUUAA